UUCGGCGUGGCCAAGGCAGCUGAGCUCUUCCAGGCGUACGGGCUGUCGGCUGACACCGUCUGCCUCUUCAAGAAGUCUGACGAGGGACGGACAGACCUCCCCAUGGACCCUGCGCGGGGGCUGGAUGCGGCCGAGCUCACCCGGCUGCUCCGUGUCCACAGCCUGGACCUGGUGAUGGAGUUCACCAACGAGACCUCCGACGAGAUCUUCAGUGCCAAGAUCCCCCAUCACAUGCUGCUCUUCCUCAACAAGUCCUCGUCGGCGCAGCUGGCGCUGCGGGACGGCUUCCAGGCAGCUGCCGGCGCCUUCCGGGGCGAGGUGCUCUUCGUGGUAGUGGAUGUGACUGGGUUUGGCGCUGACGUCCUGCCCUUCUUCGGCCUGACACCUGCUGACGCCCCCACCCUGCGCCUCGUCAAGAUGGAGAACAACCGCAAGUACCGGAUGGACCAGGACACCUUCUCGGAGGCAGCCAUAGGCACCUUCAUCCGGGCGGUGCUGGACGGCCAGGUGAAGCCCCACCUGAUGAGCGCGGAGCCCCCCGAGGACUGGGACACACGGCCCGUUAAAGUCCUGGUGGGAAAGACCUUCGAGCAGGUGGCAUUCGAUGAGACCAAGAACGUCUUCGUCAAGUUCUACGCGCCGUGGUGCUCCCACUGCCAGGCCAUGGCGGCCGCCUGGGAAGAGCUGGGCCAGCGCUACAAGGACCACGAGGACAUCGUCAUCGCUGAGCUGGACUCCACGGCCAACGAGCUGGAGAACAUCACCAUCAGUGGCUUUCCCACCCUCCACUACUUCCCCGCGGGGCCGGGCAGGAAGAUGGUUGAGUACAAGAGCGCCCGAGACGUGGAGACCUUCUCCAAGUUCCUGGAAAAUGGGGGGACGCUGCCUGAGGAGCCGCCUGCUGUGCCCGAGACCCCCAGGAACAGCACAGGCGGGGAGGAGCCGAGUCUGCUGGGGGCGGCCGAAUCCCGGGAGGAGCUGUGAGCCGUCCCGCUCGGCUCCGUGCUAUAAAUGUCCUG